AUGGCCGCAGAGGGGCUGUCUUCUCGGUUAUUGAACGAUGAUCCAGUAGAAAGAGUGCAUGACGCUUUUGAGUCUGGAGAUGCUGUUUUCCUUGGCGAGAUCCUUCAACAAAUGAACGCGAGCGAAAUAAACUCCGCAUUAGAAACAGAAACAGUUCAUGUUUUAAAACCCAGUCGUUUUAAAGGUGACUCAAUCAAAUCCAUACCAUUAAUAGUUGCUGUUAUAAAUGGAGAUCUUGAUUUUGUGAAAGUUCUUCUAAAGCACAAACCAAACGUAGAAAGCAGAUGCAAAGAUGGCUUUUUCGAAGGAUUCACUCCCCUGGGUAUUUCUGCAGCACUCGGACAUGCUGAUGUUGUGAGUUGUUUGCUUGAAAAUGGAGCUGCAGUUAACGCAUGCGCCUUGAUGUCAGCAAGCGAAAAUGGACAUGUUAAAGUAGCAACUUCUCUUGUUGAACAUGGUGCCAACCUUGAUUUUCAAGAUAAGGAUGGUUGCACCCCUCUGAUGAGAGCAAGUGAAAAUAAUCAUGUUGAAAUGGUUGCCUUUCUUGUUGAGCAUGGGGCAAACAUAGACCUUCAGGACAAAGAUGGCCACACUCCACUUAUGAAAGUAUGCAAGACUGGUCAUGCUGAUAUAGUAGCCUAUCUUAUUGAACAUGGAGCUACAAAAGAUUUUCAAGACAGGUGUGGUUGUACCCCCUUAAUGAUAGCAAGCAACUACAGUCAUGUGGGAAUAGUAAACCUUCUUGUUGAACAGGGGGCUAACUUGGAUGUUCAAGACAACAAUGGCAAUACUGCCCUCCAUUAUGCUAUUCUUGGCAACUCUUCUGUUGCUGUUGACUCACUUUUGUCUUUUGGAGCGUGCCAACUGUACAACAGUAACCGUUUAACACCUCUCCUUCUUGCUAGUUAUCACUGUAAGAUUUCAUUGGUGGAGGAUUUAAUCAAGCGACCAGAAUGUUCAAGAGAGCAAAGAAUUGAUGCCCUAGAGCUCCUGGGUGCCUCCCUGUUUCUUAUCGGAACAGUGCCUGAAGACAGGGCCGCUUUUCAAUACAUAAAGCGUGGAAUGGAAGAGCGAUUUCAAAACACCUCAGAUCCCAUAUUGAAACAACCUUUGCAACCUGUUAAAGCAUAUCAAAAUAAAAUAGAAUGCCAAACUCUUGAGGAACUUGCUCAAAUAGAAAGUGACAUUGAUGCCCUUAUGUUAGAAUGCUUUAUUAUUGAGGAGAGGAUUCUUGGGGAGAACAACCUGGAAGUUCUUGAAACAAUUCGGAGUUUAACUAUAAAUGACCUUCAAUUUGGCGAUGAAAGCUGGUAUGACCUUUGUGUAGGACUGUGCACCCAUGCAAUGAAAAUAGCACAGUGUUGUAAUCAACAAGUCAGCAUUGACAUAGAAUGUGUAUCAUAUUUUUUUGGCACUGUGUUUAAAGAAAGCAAAAAUCUACCUAGUCAAGCAGAUGUACUUGAAGUGCUUGAUCAAGCAAUAACAGCAUUUGUAAAAGAAAAAGAAAAGAGAACAGUGGAAAGUGGAAGAGAACUGACAAAAUUAUUUGGAAAUAUACUUCAACUUUUGCAGUUUCUUACCAAAGAUGAACUUUGUGGAAACAACAAGAAUGCUAGUGUGUCAUGUAUACUACAGAAGCUAUGUGCAUUGAACCCAUGUGACGAGGAAGGAAAUACAUUGUUACACAUCGCUGCGGCUAGUAGAGAUCCAUUUACGGGGCACGGGUGGUUUAGCGUGCCCAAUCCAUUGCUUGGAUUUCCUUGUAUUAAGACAGUGCAACUACUUUUAGAUGCAGGUUUUAAUGUUAAUGCAUUAAACAACAAUGGAGAUACACCACUUCACAGGGCAGCAAUGUUUAAUCCCUAUCUCUGGACAGAAUAUCAUCGUAUAACCAAGAUGCUGGAGGUUCUUUUACUUGGAGGCGCUCAUCUUGAUUAUACCAACAAGGAUGGUUUGACAGCCAUGGACAAGAGCACAAAUGUUAGAGCAAGAAACUUUCUUUCCUACGAAUAUAACAGGACAGUGUGUGAGUUAAAAUGUGUUAGUGCCAGGGCAGUGAAAAAAUAUGGCCUUCCUUAUUUUGGUGAAGUUCCAAAAAGCCUGGAAAAAUACAUCAGUAUGCAUUGAGACUAACAGAAAUAAUCUUCGUUUCCAGAAAUUAUUUCUAUUUUCACCACAGCAGGUUUAGUUAAGUGGGUAGAGCGCUGGAUUGCAAUAUGGGAGGUUGCAGGUGCAAUGCCUGGCUCCAGACCAAUACUCAGGGUCUUAAAAUAAAAGAGCAAUGAAGGUGUUGCCAUUUCCCUUUAAACAGCUACAGUAUAAGACCAUCACAUAUGGCUCAGAUGACUUUGUAUAAAGAUAGCGGUCUUGUGUCCAGUAGGAGAUACAUUGACACUAAAAAUAAUAUAGAGUCUUUUUUUCUAGAUACAUUAUUGUUGUGUGAAGUAUAUGAAAUAAUUCAUUUUGAACUGCGGUUGUAGAUGAUCAUUCUUCACUCUCAUCUACAACCGCAGUUCAAAAUGAAUUAUUUCAUAUACUUCACAUCAUUUCACUCCUCAAGGGAGAUAUGAACUCAAUAAAUUGACCUCGCUCCCAAUGUGUGGCUUCGUAGCUCAGUUGGUAGAGCAACGCACCGGCAACGUGGAGGUCACAGGUUCGAAUCCCGUUGAAGCCCUGAUUUUUUUCAGGCUUCUUCUUUCCAAUUGCUUAAAUUGGAAAAUUUACCGCGAUGAUCAUUCUUCACUCUCAUCUACAACCGCAGUUCAAAAUGAAUUAUUUCAUAUACUUCACAGCGUGACUGAGAUCACUGUUUAGGGUUGCUUAAAAGAGGUUGACUUCCUUGAUAAAUCUCGUAGUUUAUUAUUGUUGCAGGUAGCAUUAGAGACAUUACGUUAGGCUCUGGCUAAAUAGAGACAACUUGUUGUGGGUUGACGGGUCACUCGCCAACUCGAGCUACCUUGGGUGAGCUAACUUUUUCUACAUUUUCUUCUUGGCGAACUGUUAACACUACAAACAAAACCUUAGCUGGUCUAGAAGGUUGACUCGCCUUUUUCGAUAGUAGGGUCAGCCUUCUAGCCAGGCCAGCCUCGCCCGCCCAGCCGCAACAACUUGGUCAAGGGUAGUCUGAAUAGCCUGUGUUGCAGCCGGCCCAAGCGUCGUCUAGACCAUUUAUACAGAAGCUUUAGGGUGUUUGCGACGCAGUCUAAAAUGUCAGCCGUCUCUACUCCCCACCCCCCGCCCCCAACGGGCUGAGGCGGGGGGAUUGGUGGGGCGAAGAGACGGCUGGCAUUUCAGACUAGGUCAAGAACAAGGCAAAGCAAUCAGAGCAUGCGCAAGCGAUGUGUUCAGCCCUCAUACAAAUGAUCGCUAAAGUUGACUCGGCUGGGAGAGUGGCCCUCUUCCCCGGUGCAACUUUCGCGUUAGCUUCAAUACCGUUAAGUUCCGUUUAUUGUGAUCAGUGAUAUGGCGGAACUCGAAAACUACAUACGUUGGGCAAAGCAUCCUGGUGUUACUAAAUUAUCAUCCAGGAAAUUACAGACAAACCGGAAAUGCCUACCAUUCUAGCUUACAAUCAUACAGCAGCAACCGAGAAUGGAGCUACUUUCAUUUUCUUCUGUGAAUACCACAUAAAUACUUUGUGCUUUAAAUGAGAUCUCCAGAGUUGUUACAGACUGCGAGCAGUUUCUCUUUCUCUUCUGAUUUAGUGAGGGGAGUGCACUCGCGCGAGCGUCCAGUGGCCUCUCCCGCCUCGCGCCAACAGUGACGCGCGUGGCAAAAAGGAGAAACUGCUCUUAGUAUAGGGUGUUUGUAUUAUUUGGACUAAGUGGGUGGUAACUUAUAGUACAGUAAAAAGCCGCGUGUAAGAACCAAUAAGUCUGACGAGAAAGCUUGUAUUUUGGGGUAGUUACAGGCGAUGUUAUUAGGCUAGGUAGGUUCUUAAAUUUCUGGGGAGGAGACAUAGUCGAUAACUAUCAGAACUAUAAAUUAAAAGUAUUAUCUUGUAAUAUAAUACUUCUCGGUUAAACUAUUAUAUCUACCAUGGUGUAACUGUCACCCACAUAAACCUUCUUGAUUCUUCUUGGCUUAACAAAUUGUUAUAUUUUUAGUCAUUCAAGUGGCAAAUAUCCGCGAGCAGGUUCUUAAACCACUAGGUUCUUACACGCUGGUCUUAUCUGUAAUUUAUUCGGUAAUUAAAGUGUGUUGAACACAUUGCAGUAAUUAUUAAAUAGUUUACCCACAGUAGUAUUGUAUUGAAAACCAUAUUUGUCGAACAAUUCUUUUAAAGUAUUAAACAGUUUACACACAGUGUAUUGUUGAAUUCACAACCAUCUAUUUCCAACAAUUCUUUAAAAUUUCAUAAUAAAAAACUCCCCCCUCCGCCCCUUCCGAAAACGCGAAAAAACAAACAAAUUUACCGCAAAGGAUUGAUUUCACUGGCCAAAAUGGGUGAACUUACUUUCGGAACUUAUUGAAAAUUUUUUCUAUUGUUUCCCCAUUUGUAGACGUCCCUGUCAGGCAACUAUAGUGGUGCGGUUACACGGGACACUUUUAGCGUGGUAAAUGACCCUUUUACCGCGGGAAAUUGGCGUGGUGCGUGUGACGCGACUUUCCCGAGAUAAGUUUAUAGUAACAUAACAGGAAAAAAAUACCCAGCAAAUGGCUGCGAUUUACUGUGCACUGCAAAUAUGAUAUUAUUUCCAUUCUGCAUGCAUACGUUCUUACCUUACCUGAUUUGCUAUCCAUUUGGUUUAAUCAUUUUCCUUAUUAUCUCACCCUACAUAAUAUACAGUCAGUUUUUUCAUCAAACUUGUCAUUAUCUCAUCACGUUUGCAACGAUCCAUCACAAGAAAUCCUUGUUUCAUGAAAGUGGAAAUGUUAUUUUCUAGAGAAUAAUGCCAAUUUCAGAGGCAAUAUACAUUGAUAGCCAUCUUCCUUGAGCUUUUUUAUUGUUUUGAUACGGAUUUUCUCUGUCAACAGCAUCAAAACAAUUUUCACCGACGCAAACCUAAACUUCACGGAGGAAUUGCUCGUGACGUCACAAUGGCCAAGCUCUGCACGUGACGUCACAGCGACCAUGUUAGUGGUCAAGAACAAAAGCAUUUCUCUCCUCAGGGAACCAAGCUAUGUAAAUUCUUCGGCUGGUUUGCAGGUGACGUCACGGUGGCCAUGUUGGUGGUCAAGAUAAGCGGAAACACGCAAAUACAUGCGCGGAAGCGGACGUUACGCUGACGUAUUUCCGGUUAAAGAGAGGUCACUGAUUGUGCUAGUGAUGUAAUUUCGCAAUACCUUAGAUGGUCAAGUACUAACUAUAUGCCUUGCAAUCUAUCCAAGUGUAAAGAACUAGUUUUGAAGAGAAAAAGGACAAGCAAAUCCUAGUCCUAUUGCCGGUAAUAUAGAGCAGGUCGAAUUUCUAGUGCUACUCGGAGUGACUUUCCAGGCCGAUGGCAGAUUUACAAGAACACAUUAACCCUUCGAAGCGAAUAAGCGCCUCUAUGUGUUAAGGAGGUUAAGGAAGGAAGGGUAUAACCAAGUGGAAAUUAAUCAUUUGUUUCAGUCUUUAGUUUUACCUAAAAUUUCGUAUGGUUUACCGGUGUAUGCAGCCUCCGUGCCUGAACUUAAUACUGUGCAGCAGUUCCUUCGUAGAUGUCAUAAACGCCGUUUUAUAUCCUAUGCUAUAGAUAUAUAUGAUUUGCUUGAAAAAACAGACAGGUCAAUCUCCAAGAGGAUUAGUUGCCUACCUACUCAUCCGCUUUAUAAUUUGUUGCCCAAAGUUAAAGAAUCUUUAAAACGUCUGAGAACUCAAACAAGCCUACUUCCUUGUGUUUACUCGGAACGUUUUAAAGCUAGUUUUAUUAAUAGACUGUAAAUAUACUUUUACUUUUUAAAUUUCUAACUAAUAAUUUUAAACAUGUAAAUAAAGGUAUGUAUUUUUACUUGUAUAUUCAAUAAAGACUUUAAGACUUUAAGAAGAACAAAAUCAUUUCUCUCCUCUGGGAUUCAUGUAAAUUCUUCGAGAAUUGACCCCCCAACAUGGUGGCCUUGUCACGUAGUUGCAGACCAAGAAAGAGGAACGAUUGACGACCCAGGCCAAACCCCUCUGUCCUGAGUUACAUAUAUGAUGCACGGAGCUGUAACAAGAAGAAGCGGGAAACUUGUAUUUACUACUUCAAUCAAUGUCCAACGAGAAAAAUUAAGGUACAAGUAAAUGAAAAUAACACUUAGUCUGCACACUCUGCACAGUCUGUUCACGGUCUGCAGUCUUGCAGUCUGCGUGGGCUGUGUUCUUUAACCGGAAAUACGUCAGCGUAACGUCCGCUUCCGCGCAUGUAUUUGCGUGUUUCCGCUUUUUUACUGCUUUUUCCCUUGUAGUGGUUCCUGAACGGACAAGCAGGGUUUUUUAAUCUGCCUGUUAAACGGUUGAUAGAUUCCUAAAGAAAUGCAUUCAUUGUUUAUCCGUCUUUUCUUUCGGGGAUUACAGGGAUGAAGUUACAAAAUUUGGGGUAGCUGAAGUGCUUGAAAUUUGUCCGUCCAUCAUCCAGGAUCAAGACAGCCGAUAAACAUGGCCGCAAAGGGGCUGUCUUCUCCGUUAUUGAACGAUGAUCCAGUAGAAAGAGUGCAUGACGCUUUUGAGUCUGGAGAUGCUGUUUUCCUUGGCGAGAUCCUUCAACAAAUGAACGCGAGCGAAAUAAAUUCCGCGUUAGAAACAGAAACAGUUCAUGUUUUAAAACCCAGUCGUUUUAAAGGUGACUCAAUCAAAUCCAUACCAUUAAUAGUUGCUGUUAUAAAUGGAGAUCUUGAUUGUGUGAAAGUUCUUCUAAAGCACAAACCAAACGUGGAAAGCAGAUGCAAAGAUGGCUUUUUCGAAGGAUUCACUCCCCUGGGUAUUUCUGCAGCACUCGGACAUGCUGAUGUUGUGAGUUGUUUGCUUGAAAAUGGAGCUGCAGUUAACGCAUGCGCCUUGAUGUCAGCAAGCGAAAACGGACAUGUUAAAGUAGCAACAUCUCUUGUUGAACAUGGUGCCAACCUUGAUUUUCAAGAUAAGGAUGGUUGCACCCCUCUGAUGAGAGCAAGUGAAAAUAAUCAUGUUGAAAUGGUUGCCUUUCUUGUUGAGCAUGGGGCAAACAUAGACCUUCAGGACAAAGAUGGCCACACUCCACUUAUGAAAGUAUGCAAGACUGGUCAUGCUGAUAUAGUAGCCUAUCUUAUUGAACAUGGAGCUACAAAAGAUUUUCAAGACAGGUGUGGUUGUACCCCCUUAAUGAUAGCAAGCAACUACAGUCAUAUGGAAAAAGUAAACUUUCUUGUUGAACAGGGGGCUAACUUGGAUGUUCAAGACAACAAUGGCAAUACUGCCCUCCAUUAUGCUAUUCUUGGCAACUCUUCUGUUGCUGUUGACUCACUUUUGUCUUUUGGAGCAUGCCAACUGUACAACAGUAACCGUUUAACACCUCUCCUUCUUGCUAGUAAUCACUGUAAGAUUUCAUUGGUGGAGGAUUUAAUCAAGCGACCAGAAUGUUCAAGAGAGCAAAGAAUUGAUGCCCUAGAGCUCCUGGGUGCCUCCCUGUAUCUUACCGGAACAGCGCCUGAAGAAAGGGCAGCUUUUCAAUACAUAAAACGUGGAAUGGAAGAGCGAUUUCAAAACACCUCAGAUCCCAUAUUGAAACAACCUUUACAACCUGUUAAAGCAUAUCAAAAUAAAAUGGAGAGCCAAACCCUUGAGGAACUUGCUCAAAUAGAAAGAGACAUUUAUGCCCUUGCGUUAGAAUGCUUCAUCAUUAAGGAGAGGAUUCUUGGAGAGAACAACGUGGAACUUCUUGAAACAAUUCGGAGUUUUAUAACUCUAUCGGACCUUCAAUUUUGCGAUGAAAGUUGUUAUGACCUUUAUGUAGGACUGUGCACGCGUGCAAUGAAAAUAGCACAGUGUUGUAAUCAACCAGUCAGCAUUGAUAUAGAAGGUUUAUCAUAUUUUUUUUGUGCUGUGUUUGAAGAAAGCAGAAAUCUACCUAGUCAAACAGAUGUACUUGAAGUGCUUGAUCAAGUAAUAACAGCAUUUGUAAAAGAAAAGACAACAGUGGAAAGUGGAAAAGAACUGACAAAAUUAUUUGGAAAUAUACUUCAACUUUUGCAGUUUUUUACCAAAGAUGAACUUUGUGGAAACAACAAGAAUGCUAGUGUGUCAUGUAUACUACAGAAGCUAUGUGCAUUGAACCCACGUGACGAGGAAGGAAAUACGUUGUUACACAUUGCUGCCGCUAGUAGAGAUCCAGCUAAGGGGCACAGGGGGAGGGGCGAGCCCACUUCAUUGCUUGGAUUUCCUUGUAUUAAGACAGUGCAACUACUUUUAGAUGCAGGUUUUAAUGUAAAUGCAUUAAACAACAAUGGAGAUACACCACUUCACAGGGCAGCCAUGUUUAAUCCCUUUCACUGGACACAAUACCAUCGUAUAACCAAGAUGCUGAAGGUUCUUUUACUUGGAGGCGCUCAUCUUGAUUAUACCAACAAGGAUGGUUUGACAGCCGUGGACAAGAGCACAAAUGUUCCAGCAAAAAACUUUCUUUCCUAUCGAUAUAACAAGACACUGUGUUUAAAAUGUGUAAGUGCCAGGGCGGUGAAAAGAUAUGGCCUUCCUUAUAUUGGUGAGGUUCCAAAAAGCCUGGAAAAAUAUAUCAGUAUGCAUUGAGACUAACAGAAAUAAUCUUUGUUUCCAGAGAUUAUUUCUAUUUUCACCGCAGCAGGUUUAGUUUAGUGGGAGAGCAAUAGAUUGCAAUAUGGGAGGUUGCAAGUGCAAUGCCCGGCUCCAGACCAAUACUCAGGGUCUUAAAAAUAAAAGAGCUAUGAAGGUGUUGCCAUUGCCCUGCAAACAGCUAUAAGACCAUCACAUGGCUCAGAUGACUUUGUAUAAAGAUGGCGGUCCUGUCUCCAGUAGGAGAUACAUUGACACUAAAAAUAAUAUAGUGUCUUUUCUUUCUAGAUAUGUCUUUACUGUUGUAAAUAUGCUAAUUUUGAUUCUGCAAUUUUAGUUUUAAAUUAGACCUACUCAUUGCUAUACUGCUGACUGAAGUCCAAUUUGGUCUGUCAACAUUACUGAGUAACACUUUCACUCCCAGAAUGAAAAUGAGUCUUUUGAGGUGGUUCUAACCUUUAGAGUCUGUGCUAUUAUUUUGUUUCUUUAAUGUUUUAUAGAAUAAAAUUAAGAAACCAUGUUACAUGUUGACUUUGGCCAGUUAAGAAUGCCAGGUAACAGGAGUUGUGUAUUAUCAGGUUUAAAAACCUGCGGUGAAGCCAAGAGUUUUUAAACCUGAUAAUACAUGAGUGCAAGUUUUUUGAACGGCUUCAAAAUGUCUGAAACAGAUUAACUCAUUCUUGCACUAAAAAGUAGUUUUGGGGUUAUUUUGGUUUAAAAAACUGGCCGUAAAGUUUAGCCAUGUUUUUACCAGAUAUAAAGACAAUCACUUAACAAAAGAAAUUAUUUCUUUUGUUUUUUCUUUAUGAAUUAUUACAGAGUUUUUGAACUUUAUUUAGGCCAGUAUGAUUACACCAAAUUGGACAAUGAAGUUACCAAUAGAUUGAUCAUAACUAAAACAAAACGUUGUUUUAUUGUACAGCUGAUUGUACUUCAAUGUUCUCAUAGAUCUUUACAUUAACUGUAAAUAAAAGUAUUUGACAUACUGCAUUCACUUCAUAAGUAAAAAGACAUCAUUGAUAGUAUGCAGAUCUUAAUCCCAGAGACCACGUUUCACUUUACACCAGUGGAUGGGCACCAUCCUCACAUGUGCAUUGGGAUUUAAGGGGAAAAAAGGGUUUCUCCUGGGAACGAGGUUGGCAGUCUGCUAUCCAGUUUCUUUGGUCAGCAGAUGGUCGACUUAAGAGUACAGGCUGUUUAAGACUCCAGAUUUUAGACCAUAUCUUCCAGGCUCCAGAUUAAAGUAUGAGAUCUCCCGGAUAAUCGCAAUCGAAGUAGUUUUCUAUUUCUUCAGUAGACUUGACUUUCUGACUUUAAAAUUUCAAAUACUGGUACCCUGUGAACAGGGAGCCUGUUCACAGGCUAAAUUUAGAAUAUAUUGCAUUGUUUGAACUAUUUUGAAGUUAACAUUGAGCGUUUCCUCAUAACCUCUGGCAUGCCAUUGUAAUAAUCAUGAACCAGUCAUCUCAAAUAUACAUUGCCUUCAACAUCCUUUUUGCACGUUUUAGUCCGGUGGCUUAGUGCAAAAUUUUGGCGAGAUCUAUACAGAGCGGACAAAAGCACCAAACUUUGCAUGGUUGUACCUUAGGGUAUGUUAGUCAAUAUUAGGAUCGGUGCCCACAGCUGCCUCUUCAGGAUUUGCAGCAACAGCUCGCUGAAGUUCUUCAACAACCUUCCAUGAUGGGUGCCCUGUGCUGAAAAUUGCAAUCACUUGUUUUUUGUCAUUUUUUGAUGAAAAUCACAUAAAAAGGGAAGUAGAUGGAAAAAGAAACUGUAUUAAUGCUAUUGUUAUUGAAACCAAUAACUAAAACAAGUCAACUUAAUGAUAUAGCAAUUAUGAUGUACCAUGGUGGGUGUCCUGUGCUAAAAAAUAUCGAUUCCUUUUUUUUUUGCCAUUAUUUUGAUGAAAAUCACAUGAAGGACAUGAAAAAAAAAAAGGAGUUGUAUCAUUAUUGAAACCAAUGAAAAAAACAUGCCAGCUAAAUGGAAAAUCUAAGGAAGAUGUUUUCAGACGCGUACUCAGUCCCAAAUAGCCUGUCAAGGUGGCGGCUGUGUCUUUUCAUGGACUGUAAGCAUCUACUAGAAUAAAUUGCCGUUUUUAAGGGGAAAUUGUGUACAAUUUGAAUCACGACAGGUUAAAGUGAAUUUUAAGUUCUUCUUGGUGAUAAAUUUGGCAUCGAAAGCCACAUUUUCUCUUCACAUUUUGUGCCGAUUAUGAAUGACUACAGUCGACUCUCUCUUAACGGUCACCUCUAUAAGACGGACACCUCUGUAAAACGGACACCUUGAGUUGGUCCCUGCCUUUGCUUAUUCCCUUUAUUUGACUCUUCAUAAGACGGACAUCUCUCUAAGACGGACACUUAGCGCCGGUCCCAAAGCAGAGGCGGAUCUAGGGGGAGGGUGCAGUGGGUGCGCACCCCCCCCUGAGAUGACCUGCUGUUUUCUAAUACAACUGGUAUUCUGCCAAAAAAAAAAACUAUGUGGUGUAUUGGAGUUGAAGUAGAGCAAGAGACGAGUGCACCCCCUCCUAAAAAAAAUCCUGGAUCCGCCCCUGCAAAGGUGUCCGUCUUGGAGAGAGUUGACUGUAUACUGAGUUUACUUUCGUACUGGUUAAAGUUAAUAAUAGUAAAAAUAGCUUCUUUCUAUAGCGCUCAUAUCCUGAGCACAUGGUGCUUUACAAUGUUAAAGAGCACAAAAAAUUAUAUCUCGAGCAUGAAAUAACAUAUAUUAAAAUCUAUUAGCAAUUCACAAAGAACAAGAGAAGGAAACAAGAAUUCAUCUGUUUUAAAAUUAUUUUGCCUUUAAAGUUUAUAUAUCUGAUAAUGAUAAUAAGUCAUACAAAAAAAACUAAAUAUACAUUACAUUAGUAUAGGUAUAUGAUCUGCAGAUAUUAAAGACGUUUUACAAAAGUAUUGACUUACUCUUAUAAAAGUAUUGACUUACCCAGAUAUGUUCUCAGUCCUUUCUUUCAACUGGCUAAAGAUGGUGACUUGUGAAAAUCUAGCUAAAGGUAGUGAGUUCCACAGUUUAGGGGGGCACACUGAAAAAGUCUUUUCCCCGUGAGUUUUCGAGGUUGUUCUAAGAGCUGCUGAGAUGCGGACCACAAGUUCCUGGAAGGCCUUCAAUAACUGUCCGCUAGAUAGCUAGGUGGAAGGUUAUUUAGUGAUUUGAAAACUGACAAAAUAAGUUUAAAAACAACAUGGUAACUAACAGGAAGCCAGUGAAGGUCAAAUAAAUGAUGUGUUCGCAAAAUUUACGAGUCCGAGUAACGAUCCUGGGGGCAGUGUUCUGAACAUAUUAUUAAAAGUUCCUUCAAGUGCAUUUUUUUACAACCAUAGAGCAAGGAAUUGCAAUUAAUAGUCUGUUUUAGAUGUAAUAAAAGCAUGCACUGCAAUUUCGCUAGACUCCUGUGUGAGGCACAAUCUUAUCUUUGAUAAGUUCCUGAGUUGGUGAAACGAUAAUCUGCAAAAGAAUGCUGAGACGUGGGUCAAACAGCACGUUGUCAUCAAAUACUACUCCCAGGCUUUGUUGGUGGUGGUUCUUAGCCUUGCAUUACCCAUAAUGACGUCGCUAAAGGGUGGACGGUACAUCGACAAGAUAAGCAUGAUUUCAGUCUUAUGAUUGAGUUUAAACUCGUUUCUACACACUAAGAUGGAAAUCAGUUGGGAUCGUUGUCAUAUUUACCUAGGGAGAGAAUCGAAAAGAGAGGAUCUGAGAAACCCAUUAAUUUAACGGAACAAUUAUUUAUAGUACGUUCCUUGACAAUUUACUAGAAUUCAAGAAAGAGGACUGUGCCGUCUUGUUGCAAUUAUGUUUCAUAUUGAAAUCACUACAGUAGUAAACAGGUUACUGAAGUGCAAAAUGGCAUCAAUCCUGUCACCUUACGUCCAAGUUAGAAAAAGCAAACUAGAACAGAGAAAAAAGCGUGUUGAAGCAUAUCAGAAACAGCAAGUUGGAGAUUGUGGCACCAAACGAGCCUGUAAGGCUGACACUAUAGUGGGACUGCAAAGUGUGUGCCUUUGUUUGUAACGAAUACAGCUUAAUAUGAAGUUCGGCAAGUAUAAAGAAAUGUGUAUCAUUGUCCACUGCAUUCGCUGUGUACUCAGUGAGUUCAACAAAUGCUCUUGAUUUAUUUAAUUUCUCGUCUUCCUCGGCCUUCCAAGCUGCUCCACUUUUCUUCUUGCGUUUCUCUGACAUGUAUGCCUAUUUCGCACGUCAGCCUUUUUAGUACAUUUUCAAGGAGCGUUCUAUAAAUUAAUGCUUGUACCGUUAAACCAGUGGGCUUCUCAAAUCUUCUUUUGUUGAUUCUUGGCAAAUAUAACAACGAUCCCAGUUAAUAUCCACCCUGGUGUGUAGAAAACAUCUCAGCUUCAGAAACCUUCAACUAACCAGUAAGUUAAUAAACUCAGUAUAGUCAUUCAUAAUCGGCACAAAAUAUGAAGCAAAAAUGUGGCUUUCGAUAACAAAUUUAUCACCAAGAAGAGCUGAAAACUUCACUUAAACCUGUCGUGAUUCAAAUUGUGCACAAUUUCCCCUAAAAAACGGCAAUUUCGUGUAGCAGAUACUUACAGUCCAUGAAAAGACACCUUCAAGCCGCCAUCUUGAAAGGCUAUUUGGGACUGAGUACGCGUCUGAAAACAUCUUCCUUGGAUUUUCCAUUUAGUUGACUUGUUUUUAUCAUUGGUUUCAAUAAUAAUACAAUUUCUUCUUUUAUUUUCUUGUCUUUCAUGUGAUUUUCAUCAAAAAAAUUGCAAAAAUCAAGGAAUUCAUAUUUUUUAGCACAGGAUACCCACCAUGGUACAUCAUAAUUGCUGUAUCGUUAAGUUGACUUGUUUUAGUCAUUGGUUUCAAUAACAAUAGCAUUAAUACACUUUCGUUUUCCAUCUACUUUCCUUUUUAUGUGAUUUUCAUCAAAAAAUGGCAAAAAACAAGUGAUUGCAAUUUUUAGCACAGGGCACCCAUCAUGGAAGGUUGUUGAAGAACUUCAGCGAGCUGUUGCUGCAAAUCCUGAAGAGGUAGUUGUGAGCACCGAUCCUAAUAUUGACUAACAUGCCCUAAGCUACAACCAUGCAAAGUUUGGUGCUUUUGUCCACUCUGUAUAGAUCUGAGCCUUUAGCCACCUGACUAUUUUGUGUCAUCACAAAUUUGUGACGAUCGGAGCCAACGAGUAUGUUUUGCACAAAUGACGUCAUGUACCAUGCGUUAUGACGUCAUCUGUCACCCCUUCCCUAUCAAUUCUCAAUAUUUGAAGAAGUGGGGAGUUGACAGCCCUGCAAUGCAUCAUCGAACCAAGGGACAUUUUGUGUCCAGCGGUUUUAGUGAAAACAAAGGUUUGUGGGAGUUGCUGUCUCGCGGGCUCACAAAACCUCCCUAAGGUCGAUGGUAUUUUGUAUUUGCCAUUAAGAAUCCCCUUUUACUUUUCCUUGCGCGCGGUCUCGCGACCAAAUUACCUCCCCUUCCCUUUCGUUUGAUAUCGAUUGUUAUCGAUGGCCUGCGAAUACAGCAACCUCGUUCCCAGGUUCCUAUCCUACCCGUCCUCCGAAUAGCCGAAUUUUGCGCCCAUUUUCGUAAGCUAUUUUAUUGACAGCAACAAAAAGCCUUUUGGAAUACCUUAUUAUAGGAAAUGAACGCUCCAUAAAAUUAAGGUAUUGGAAAUUAACCCGAAUUUAAUGGAAAACGACUCUCGAAUAAAGAAAAUUAACGCGAAAGAGGAGGUAGAAUUUCAUAAUAAAGGAAAUUAACGCGAUUAAGACACAGUUGGUGGUGACAACUGGAACAAAUUUAUUUCAACACUGGAUGUAAAAAAAUUCAAAACUGAGCUGACAUCACUUCUGACAGCGACAACGAUGAAGAUGAAUUCGAAACUUGUAAACCUCUGCCUUAGCUUUUGUGAAAGAUGAAAAACAAAGGGUAAAUGGAAAGAAAGAAAGCUUAUAGUUAAUGUUUUUUAGGUGUAAAGAAUGUCUGGACAGGUUCCAAAAUUGGGGGUUAACUGGAAAUUAAGAGCGCGGAAAUUAACGCUGUACUUAAUUAACGUCGCGGAAAUUAACGCUCAACAAAAUUAACGCGACUUAAAUUAACGCGAAUUUUAACGAUUCGCGGUAAUUUCAUGGAACGUUAAUUUCCUAUAAUAAGGUAGACGUUUUUAGUUUGUAUGUUUUGUUUUCCCAAUUCAGACCAUGUAAUGUUCUCUAGAAAAUUCAUCAAUUAUGUAUGCACGUGGAUAAGACGAAAUUUGAAAGAAACAGUUUUCUGGAAUACUAUCACGUGGUUUGAAAGAGGAAAAGAAACAUACAAGCUAAGAAGGUCUAUUGCUGUAAGGCGUGAAACUGCGCAGCUGUUACCGUUAUAUAAAUCGCAUCAUCAGUUAUGCCCUUUAUUAUUCUAAUAAGGCUCAGAACACGAAAAUGUGACGUAAAACCGGCUAAUUCGACAACAGCCAGAAUAUUAGGUUUCGAGGGGAACAAAACGGUCAUAAAAAAAGUAUUUACAUCAAGUUAUUGGCGCAGUAGUUUAUUUCACGAGCUUGUGAUCCGAAAACUAAGCCAAGAAAAUUGGAAAAUGCAGCGUAACGCAGUACGUCUCUGUUCAUAUUCCCUAAACCCUGGCGUUACACAAGUCUUCGAAGCUUCUCAGACUGGAGAUGUAGACAAACUUCGGAACAUUUUAAAGCAAAUGCAAGCCCAUGAAAUAAAUACAGCAUUAGACACUAUGGCCAUGACAAUGGAAAGCUCUUUUUGUGGAACGCCAGUAGCUUUUGCUGUUGCUAAUGGGCAUAUGGAUGUUUUAAGGUGUCUGGUUGAAAAUGGCGGCGAUAUUAAUUCUCGCCGCUUGGUUCGAAUAUAUUCUGAUGAUCACAAGUGCGACAAGUGUACUCCUCUAAUGAUAGCUUGUGAAAAAGGACACAUAAAUGUAGUUAAAUUUCUCAUUGGACAAGGAGCGUGUACGGACCUUCAAAAUACGGGGGGCGAAACAGCUUUACACUUCGUUGUUCGGGCCAAGGGUGACUCGGUUGGCAUUUCAAGACGUUUAAUUGAAAAUGGAGCCGACGUUAAUGCAAGAACGCAUAAUAAACGCACGCCUUUGAUGCUUGCGAGCUCUAAUGAUGACAUAAAUUUGGUGAACUUUUUACUUAAAAAUGGAGCUUAUGUUAAUCUUGAAGACGAUCAAGGAAGGAGCGCUCUUCAUUACGCAGUACGUGCCUCUUAUCAUGAUACUUGUGAUGUAGUGAGAUGUUUGAUUAGUGCCGGAGCUAACGUAAACGCACGUACAAAAUGUCUCAGUUCUCCUCUGAUGAAAGCAAGUGAAAUGAAUAGUAUUAACAUUGUAAAUUUCCUCAUUGAAAAUGGAGCCAAUAUCGACUAUCAAAACAAAGAGGGCCUCACUGCUCUUCACUAUGCCCUCACAUGUUAUCGAGGUAACUUUGUUAACAAUAUCAGUGAAGUUGCUCACAAACUUCUUACCCUCGGGGCAUCUAACUUAUACAGUAAUCAACGACUGACCCCUUUACUUUAUGUCUGUAAUCGGUGCGAGAUUUCAGUUGUAGAGAACUUGGUUCUGAGGCCAGAAUAUACAACGAAAGACAGGAUCGAUGCUCUAGAGCUCCUAGGUGCCUCUCUCGUCACUUGUUUGCCACUUAGAGACUAUGAUGUCCUUGAAGUAGGAUAUGAGUACAUGAAGCGGGCUAUGGAAGCAAGGUUUGAAGAUGGCUCAAAACUUUUGUUAAAACAACCAGUUGAAGCUGAUGAGGAUUAUCAAAAUUGGAAAGAAAGCGAAACCAUAGAGGAACUUGCUAAGAUAGAAGGUAGCACUGACGCCAUAAUUUUGGAGGGUCUUGUGAUAAGAGAAAGAAUUCUUGGAAGGGAAAAUACAGCACUUCUUGAACCACUACGAAUUGUUGCUCAAUACUAUGGUAACCUUGGUGAUCUUUACCUUCCCACCUGUAUUGGACUGUACAAGCGUGUAAUUAAGAUAGCCCACAGGUGCAGUGACUCAGCCAGAGAAGAAGUUGAUAAGUUAACCAGUUUAUUAUAUAAAAUGGUCAGGAGCAAUGGCUAUCCAAAAUUGAACGAUUUAGUUACAUUGCUUGAACACUCGAUUCUUGAGUAUGAGAUGGAAAAAAAGCACAUAACAGAGCUAACGUCUGAGAAAAAGCCACUCAAGCAACUGAUUGAUGCGCAUAGAUCACACUUGUCAAACUCUCUUCAUUGUCUAAUAAAACUUGUGCAAAUCACGAAAUGUUACGAAUACGGGAAAACUUCAAGGUGUUUAUCAGCGUUACUGCAAAGACUUGUCCAAAUGAAUCCUCGUGAUGAUCUUGGAAAUAACUUGUUACACAAGGCUGUUGGUAACCUUGUGAGUGGUGAAAUCCUCUGCAUAGAUACAGUCAAAUUUUUCAUGAAUGCGGGGGUCAGUGUUAAUGCGGUCAACAACAAUGGCGAUACCCCGCUUCACAGAGCGGCCAUGAUCAAGCCCAACAAUCGUGCCGAGCUCCUUCAUUUGUCUGACAUGUUGACGGUUUUGCUAAAUGAAGGUUCUCACCAUGAUUUCGUCAACAAUCUUGGUAAAACAGCCAUGGACCUGGCCACAACCGACGAGGCGCGCAGGAUUCUAUCAGAGAAUAGAAACCUGGAACUGAAGUGCAUCAGUGCUAGAGCGGUAAAGAAUUUUGGACUUCCUUAUAUGGGAGUUGUGCCCAAAACAUUGGAACGAUAUAUCAGUAUGCAUUAG